AAAAGAGGAAAACUGAGCCGCAGCCACGACGGUGGACGCGAGCGUCUCCUAUCUGCGCAUGCGCCCGCUCAGCGGCCUGCUUCUAUUUAUGUGGGGUAUCCAACAUGGCGGCUGCGGCGACCCUGGCGAUGGCGGUGGAGCCCAUCAGAACAUAGUGGCUGGGAAGGGGGCACGGUCCGCACUCACGGUGGCGUCGGCAGAGACGACUGAGGGUGGUGGAGGGAAGAAAAGCGACGGAAAGCAAAAGGAAGGGCGGGCAGGCAAACAACUCGGCGUAGAACCGAGCGCCGGCUCGAGCGAAGGCACAGGGCCAGAACAGUGGGGAUGGCGGAGCCACGCAGAGUAGCGUUUAUUAGCCUGUCACCGGUGAGGCGGCGCGAGGCCGACUACCCGGGGGCCGAACGCGAGCCCGAGUACCCUCGCGAGCCCCCCCGGCUGGAGCCGCAGCCAUACCGCGAGCCGGCCCGGGCGGAGCAGCCGGCCCCGCGGGAGGCUGCCCCCCGGUCGGACGUGCAGCCCCCGCCGCGGGAGAAGCCGCUCCCCCAGCGCGAGGUCAGCCGCGCCGAGCCGCCCAUGUCGCUGCAGCGCGAGCCCCCGCGGCCCGAGCCGCCGCCGCCGCCGCUCCCUCAGCUGCACUUGCAGCCGCCCCCGCCGCGGGAGACGGCUUCCCGGGCCGAGCCGCAGCAGAGGCCGCCGAGGGAGACGGUGCGCCUGGAGCUGGUGCUCAAGGAUCCCACCGACGAGAGCUGCGUGGAGUUCAGUUACCCGGAGCUGCUGCUGUGCGGAGAACAACGGAAGAAGCCCAUUCACACAGAAGACCCAUUUAAUGACGAGCAGCAAGAGAGGCAAGAAGUGGAAAUGUUGGCUAAGAAGUUUGAAAUGAAAUAUGGUGGGAAACCCCGUAAACACCGGAAGGAUCGGCUACAAGAUUUAAUUGAUAUAGGCUUUGGCUAUGAUGAGACAGACCCAUUUAUUGAUAACUCAGAGGCUUAUGACGAAUUAGUUCCUGCUUCUCUAACAACAAAAUAUGGAGGCUUUUACAUCAACACUGGCACUCUGCAGUUUCGCCAAGCUUCAGAUACUGAAGAAGAAGAUAUUACAGACAACCAAAAGCACAAGCCCCCCAAAAUUCCCAAAAUAAAAGAAGAUGAUAUUGAGAUGAAGAAGCGGAAGAGGAAAGAGGAAGGGGAAAAGGAGAAGAAACCAAGGAAAAAAGUCCCCAAACAACUGGGAGUUGUGGCUCUAAAUUCACACAAGUCUGAAAAAAAGAAGAAACGUUAUAAAGAUUCUCUUUCUCUAGCUGCCAUGAUACGAAAAUUUCAGAAAGAGAAGGAUGCAUUGAAGAAGGAGCCUAACCCCAAAGUCCCAAUGAACUUAACGACGUCCUCUCUGAAUAAGACCCCCUCCACUGCCGUAGCAUUGGGAAGUGAUGUCUCGGACUUAAAUCUGAACACUGCUGAUCCGGACCUCCCCAUUUUUGUUGGCACAAAUGAACAUGAACUGUUUCGGGAAGCUGAAAAUGCCCUAGAGAUGCUAGAUGAUUUUGACUUUGACAGAUUACUGGAUGCUGCUUCUGAUGGUAGCCCCCUCUCUGAGUCAGGGGGAGAGAAUGGAAACACCACCCAGCCAACCUAUGCCUCUCAGGUUAUGCCCAAGGUGGUGCCUACACUCCCAGAGGGUCUGCCUGUCCUUCUUGAAAAACGCAUCGAAGACCUCCGUGUAGCUGCCAAACUUUUUGAUGAAGAAGGAAGGAAAAAAUUCUUUACACAGGAUAUGAAUAAUAUUCUUCUGGACAUUGAGUUACAGCUACAGGAACUAGGCCCUGUCAUUCGUAGUGGUGUCUACUCCCAUCUUGAAGCUUUUGUGCCAUGCAAUAAAGAAACACUGGUGAAACGUCUAAAGAAGUUACAUCUCAACGUCCAGGAUGAUCGUUUAAGAGAACCUCUGCAAAAACUGAAACUGGCUGUUAGCAAUGUCAUGCCUGAACAGCUAUUUAAAUACCAGGAGGACUGCCAAGCUCGCAGUCAAGCUAAGUGUGCCAAGUUGCAGACAGACGAAGAACGAGAGAAAAAUGGAUCCGAGGAAGAUGAUGAUGAGAAACCGGGGAAGCGUGUCAUAGGACCAAGAAAGAAAUUCCACUGGAAUGACACCAUCAGAACUUUGUUAUGUAACCUUGUUGAGAUCAAAUUGGGAUGCUAUGAGUUAGAGCCAAAUAAAAGCCAGUCCGCUGAGGAUUAUCUUAAAUCCUUUAUGGAGACAGAGGUGAAACCAUUGUGGCCUAAGGGCUGGAUGCAGGCAAGAAUGCUUUUUAAGGAAAGUCGGAGUGUACAUAAUCAUCUUACUUCUGCUCCGGCAAAGAAAAAGGUGAUUCCUGCACCUAAACCCAAAGUGAAGGAGUGUAGUCCAAAAAAGGACCAGAAAACUCCUGCAUCCUUGGUGGCUUCAGUUGGUGGUCCUUCAACGAGCUCUAGCACAUCUGCCGUGGCCUCUACCAGUUCUAGCUCUACACCAGCCCAGGAGACCAUCUGCCUUGAUGACUCACUAGACGAAGACCUUUCUUUCCAUCCACCUGCACUGGAUCUUGUUUCUGAAGCUUUGGCUGUUAUCAACAAUGGGAACAAGGGCCCUCCGGCUGGCUCAAGGAUAAGCAUGCCAACUGCAAAGCCUCGUCCAGGACUGAGAGAAGAAAAGUUAGCAAGUAUCAUGAGUAAGCUGCCAUUGGCUGCUCCUAAAAAACUGGAUUCUUCUCAGACUGCACAUUCAUCAAGUCUUAUUGCUGGUCACACAGGGCCGGUACCAAAGAAACCCCAGGAUUUAGCUCAUACUGGCAUCUCUUCAGGCCUUAUUGCUGGUUCUUCAAUUCAGAACCCUAAAGUUUCCUUGGAACCUUUGCCAGCCAGGCUGCUUCAACAAGGACUACAGAGGUCGAGUCAGAUUCAUGCUUCUUCCUCUUCACAGACCCAUGUUUCCUCUUCUUCCCAAGCCCAAGUUGCUGCCUCCUCUCACGCUCUGGGAACAUCAGAGGCCCAAGACGCUUCUUCGUUAACACAAGUAACAAAGGUGCACCAGCAUUCAGCUGUCCAACAAAACUAUGUGUCUCCAUUACAAGCAACCAUUAGUAAAUCACAGACCAACCCAGUGGUGAAAUUAAGUAAUAAUCCCCAACUUUCCUGUUCAUCCCCGCUUAUUAAGACUUCGGAUAAGCCACUUAUGUACCGCCUUCCCUUAUCUACUCCCUCACCCGGAAAUGGUUCUCAAGGGUCCCACCCCCUGGUUUCUAGGACAGUACCUAGCACCACUACCUCCAGUAACUAUUUAGCCAAGGCUAUGGUGUCACAGAUGUCCACGCAGGGUUUCAAAUCUCCCUUCUCAAUGGCUGCAUCCCCCAAACUUGCCGCAUCUCCAAAACCUGCCACAUCUCCUAAACCCUUGCCCUCACCUAAGCCUUCUGCCUCACCCAAGCCCUCUGUGUCCACUAAGCCUUCAGUAUCAACUAAACUUAUUUCUAAAUCCAACCCAACUCCCAAGCCUCCUGUACCCCCAAGCUCUUCCAGUCCAAAUGCACUAGUAGCCCAGAGCAGCCACUCCAGCAGUAACAACCCAGUCCAUAAACAGCCCAGUGGGAUAAACCUCAGCAGACAGUCUCCCACCUUGAAUUUGCUGCCCUCCAGUCGUACUUCAGGCCUUCCAUCCACAAAAAAUCUUCAGGCCCCUUCAAAGCUAACAAAUUCCUCACCCACUGGAACUGUUGGGAAGAAUAGCUUGAGUGGAAUUGCAGUGAAUGUACCUGCCAGCAGAGGUAGCAACCUUAACUCAAGCGGAGCCAAUAGGACUAGUCUCUCUGGGGGAACAGGAAGUGGAACACAGGGUGCUACUAAACCGUUGUCUACUCCACAUAGACCAUCCUCUGCCUCAGGGUCUUCAGUGGUAACCGCCAGUGUGCAGUCCACAGCAGGAGCAUCAUUAUUGGCUAAUGCCUCACCUCUGACUCUCAUGACAUCACCUUUGUCUGUAACAAAUCAAAAUGUGACUCCUUUUGGGAUGCUGGGUGGCCUUGUUCCAGUGACCAUGCCCUUCCAGUUUCCCUUGGAGCUACUUGGCUUUGGAACGGACACAGCUGGAGUGACAACCACCUCGGGAUCUACCUCAGCCGCUUUCCACCAUAGCCUAACUCAGAAUUUACUAAAGGGUUUACAGCCAGGAGCUCAGCAUGCAGCAACACUUUCCCACUCACCUCUGCCUACACAUUUACAGCAAACAUUCAAUGAUGGAGGCCAAAGUAAAGGGGACGCUAAAUUACCACGGAAAUCUCAGUGACUUCCCAGCGAGCAAUGGAGAUGAGACACUCAGCUGGCUGAUGGAAUCUACCUGAUGGGAAAGUACUCAUGUGGUCAUAGGGCUGCUGUUCUGUCGAUGUUUACAUUCUCUCGUCCCAAGCACUGUGGUGAGGAGGAAAAAAGAAAAGAGAACAUUACUUGAGUCAAGCCAGGUGCAGGAGGAAGAAAUGCUUUCGUGCAAAGUUAGUGACCUGUGGUCUCCUCUAAAGAAAGACAAAGUGACCAUAUUAACUGACUUGAAAGAGACUCAGUUGUCAAACCCACAGAAGUACAAAUUUGAUUUUUUUCCCCGGGGGAGAAAGAAGGAAUCUGAGGAUUUGGGUAAACUCCAUCCAUCCUGGGGGUUGGAUCUGAACACUUGUAGACAUAAUCGCAUAAUAAAAGGCAGUCUAUCUGGAAUUAGGCCAGUUUGUCAGGAGGAACAAUCAUGUUUAUCUGAGUGGACUAUGCAGCAAAUUUGCCACACAACAAAAUUAAUGACCCUGUGUUUGAUCCAGACGGUAGCUGAGGAAGUACUGUACUCUCACAAGUCCUGAACAAACUUGAAUCUUCUCCAGUGUGUAGCAACCCCCCAUGUAAAUCAGUGGACUAAAGAUGUUUCAGGAAAGUUAUUUUAGCACAGUGACACAUAUUACUAAAUCAUCAAGAUUUUUAAAAGUGAAGAAAUUGAGCCUGUUGCUCUUAACAGACAAACUUAGAUGUCCCCUUUUUGUAAAAGGGUCAAUUUCAUCUUCCAUUCAGAAGCAGGUACUUAACUCUCCUUCAGGUGAUUUGUGCAUCUGGUAUUGACUGGUUAAUUCUUACUUCCAUUCUUGAUGUUAAAAUGUGACUCUUCAGAAAUGGGGAUCUUUGACGUAGGGCUGCGACUUCGGUGCUCCUAGCCCCUGCAGGCCCAACACCCUGAACUGUAAACUUCCCCAGCCGCACUUCGGUUCACAACUUCUCCUGGUCUUGUAGCUAGUGGUACUUCAGGUGAUUCUUAAUUGUUGACAGAGACAGGCGUGAGUGUGUACUACACAUGCCUCUUCGUUGGUCAUUCAAAUGGCAUAUAUAUAUUUUUGGAAUUUUUAAGAUAGUAUUUUAAAGGGAGGAAUUACAUUAGGAUCAUUAUGUGUAUAAGGGAUUAUUUUUUAUAACAAUCACAGUGUAUUUUUACUCCCUAUAUCCAGUGUAGUGAAAUUGAUUUGGAGCAUUUGGGAUCUUAAAGCUUUAUUAAUAUUUACUGAGAAUAUUGAUAUGUGAGUAAAGCUGCAGAUAACGGGAUAACAAAACUGCUUAGUUCUUAUAGCUUCCUUAUGCAAAUACAUACUCAACAAAGGAUGUUAAGGGAGAAAUUUAUGGUUCUUUUUGAAUAUAUUUGAUUUGAUUUUUUUUUUUUUCCCCUCACCUUUGGUCUUGUCUCCUUUUCUCCCUAUUUAGGCUUCUGAAUGUUUUCAAACUAUACCCAUGAUUGGUGUAAGCUUGAUCCAUUUAUAACAAUAGACUAACCUAAAAAACAGCAUGAAAUUGAUAGUAGCAAGAUUUGCAUCUUUUUUCAUUACAAGUCACCCUAUACCCUUACAUUUCUUCAAAUAAGUGUAUUAACCUGGCCCUUUUUUCCUUUUACAAGCACAAGUCCCAAAUAGCCUAUAGGACUGUGAAUAAAUUACCACAGAUCUGUUCAGAUCUGUAUACCUGUAUUUUGACUUCAAAGUCACAUUGGCUUGCUUCAUAGCAACAAGUUAAUAAGUAACUGAAAGCUUUAGUUCCAAGAACUUUUUACAGUAAGGGGAAAGGAUUAUUUCAAAGGAAUCACUGAUAUAAUUACUUGCCCCUAAGAAUUUAGUUUACCAGUAAAACAUAAGAAUGUUGUAUCAACCCCAGUUGGAAGGAUAUUGGGAUGUUGCAGCGAGGCUUGACUUGAAUCGAAUAUGUUUAAUUAAAGGUUGUUUGGUUUUUUAAAUUAGGGAAGCUUACCCAAUUCUUGAGUUAUUCGAGUGUAGUAUACCUGUUGCUUUUAUCUAAUUUGGAAAAAGAAGUCUUUGCUAAUACUCUAUGGGAGUUUUCCUUUGGGAAGCAAUAGCCUUUGUUUUACUUCCCACACCAGGAGAGAAGUCACAGUGCAUACUAAUCUCUCUUCCUGCUGAUAAUUGUGUACGUGUUCAUCUGUGUGCAUAUGAAGAUUUAUUUAUAUAUAAAUUCAUUACUAAUGUAAGUCAGGGAAUAAUUUCGGUUUCUUAAGUCCAUCAGUUCUGAAUCAUGCUACGUGAAGAUCCCUGACAAUUCUUGGUUGUCAUUAGAGAAGAACAGGAUUAUCAAUUCUUCCCCCAAGUAUUAUUUUAUAACUAACCAUUAAAAUUAUCUGAAGGCU